GCCAAUUCACUCAAACGCGGAGAAAAUCUCCUCGCAGCCAUGGGAGCGCGGCUGGGGAUCCAUGAGCUCCUGCAGGACCCUGGGACCUGGGAGGGCGCGACGUGCAGCCGAAGGCCUCCGUUGCGACUGCGCACGUCCUUCGAGUUGCUUGGCCCACUGGAGGUCUGUUAGAACACCCGGUGCGGUUGCGGUCGUUUUUUGUUUUUGUUUUGUUUUUUGUUUUUGUUGAGAGGACCAUGGUUUCUGAUGGAAGUCGAGGAGACCACCAUUUCUGGGGGGUCCCCUAAUGUAACACGCGGCAGAAGCUUCCAUGUUUGGGGCUGCGAGACGCGUGUGUCUAUUCAAAGGAUCCCUGGUGGAGGUUGGUCCAACUCUGGCUGGCGCAGAUGUAUCGCAACUGUUUUCGGUGGCUUGUCUUGACUGGACUGCAACUUAGGUCAGAGGUGGCACAUGUGGAGCGGGAAGCUGGAAAGGAUGUUGAGAAGCUCGAGGAGUUCCUGGGAGUAAAAUCUGCUCCUGGCACUGGCAAGAAGCAGGACAAGAACAUCGCCACGGUCAACCAGACUGCGGACCUAGGUCUGCAGAUCAUCCAAAGCUACAAGGAGGCCAUCCCGGCGCAGCGGAAGGCGCUGGACCUGGCCAUGGAUGCGCGGAUGGCUGAGCUGGCACCCCUCUGCUCCAAGUACAUGUUCCGCCGCGCGGAGCUGCAGGGCCUCUCAGCGGCCCAGUGUGUGGCGGCCCAGGGCCGCCUCAACGCGGAGCAGCUGGACAACGACCGGGGCCCAUCUGGCUGCGUGGAUCCCAGGCGGCUGAAAUCUGGAGGCGCCUGGACGCUGCCUGCGAAGCCGUGCACCUUUGGCUUCAGCUCUCAUCAAAUGAAGUGCUCAACGAGGCUGGACUACCUGCAGGACCGCGAGCCUGCCCCGGGCUCGGACCCCGACGGCGACGGCCACUCCAUGGACGAGUGGGUCAAUAAGUGGUGCCACCCCAAGUUCAGCGUGCCUGGCCGUCCUCUUUCUGCAGACCUAGCUGCUGGGGAGUAUGUGCAAAACGAGGAGGCGGAGCAAGAGGCUGAAGCGCUGAAGCCGGAGGAGAAUGGUGGGGACGACAAGGUGCCGCCCGAUGAGCCGGAAACGCUCGAGGAUGUCAUUUGAGUGGGCGGCUUGUGAAAUUCAGGAAUGCCCAGGGGAGCCAUUGACCAGGCACGUGGAAGUACCAGCUUUCUGUCCCGGCCCCCGCGGCGCUUCUGCGAGCGAGCGACUGGCAAAAGAAGCCGCCGUGGCUCGGCCCAGUGUUUUCCCCCAAAAUAGAUCCGACGUGCCGUAGGGGCUGAGGGA